AUGGCUGAGUUCACUGUAGACUUGCACAACUUUAAACAUUCUCUCUCAGAAAUGAUUUCAAACACACAACUGCUAAACAGUCAGAGUGUAGUGGAGAGCUUUAACGAAAAUGUUCAUGGACUCAUGUCAUCGUCCAAUGGAAGUUUUUCCGAUUACCAACGGUUCCCAAUGUCCUUCACUGAUAGUACCCAAAGCUCAUUCCAUCACGAGGGUUUGUUUUUGGAUCCAUUAGCUCAUCUCUUACCACCAACAGGAGGUGUCAGCCAUGAAAGCAACCACAUAAAGGCCAUAGCCGAACCAGAAAGCUUGAUGGUUUCUUCAUUUCCUCUUUCUGGAACUGGGUUUGUUGGAGAUCCUACGAACCAAACUAAUAGAAACUCUGGUUACACUGGAAAAAAGAGAAAGAGAAACGAGAGAGAAGAGGAGAAGCCAAGAGAAGUAGUUCAUGUGAGAGCAAGGAGAGGCCAAGCUACUGAUAGCCACAGUCUGGCUGAAAGGUUAAGAAGAGAGAAGAUAAAUGAAAAGCUGAAAUGCUUGCAAGACCUGGUUCCAGGGUGUUAUAAGACGAUGGGAAUGGCGGUGAUGUUGGAUGUGAUAAUCAACUAUGUUCGAUCACUCCAGAAUCAAAUUGAUGUAAGCUUUAUUCAACAACAAAUCUUACAAAACGAAACGUUUCUUUCCAUGAAGCUUUCAGCAGCAAGUUUGUUCUAUGACUUCAACUCAUCAGAGAUGGAGGCUAUAGAGACAAUGCAGGGGACAAAUGGGUAUGAAGCACCAAUGACGGAGAGGAUGGUGGGAGAAGGGAAUGGAGGGUUUCCUCACUUUCAAUCAACAUGGCCUGUUUGA